UUAAAGGAGGAGCGGGCGCUCCAACUUUCACUCGGAGCAGAGUUUCCACUGGUGACUCAGACCACCGUAAAGGUCGCCCCUUUAACUUCACUCCCAUUGAAGUGUUGCAUUAGAGAAAUCGUGUGUUUCGUAUGAAACGAAAAGAGAUGCUUUGCUUACGUGACUCAGGUGACUGCUUACGGGAGCAGAUGCAGUAUAUGAUGAGGUCACUGCAAGAUCUGAAGCAACUCCGGAAGACCUGCCCUGCGGCCCGGCGCCCCCUCGCCCCCCUCAACUCCCAGCUCCCGGCUUUAGCGCGCCACUCUGCAGUGGCACGUGCUUGCCAGCAACGGGCACUGCAACGGGAGCAGCGCGCCCGUCUACGGAUGUCCGAGGCCAGCACGGCCAGCACCUACGACUCUGCCUGCUGCUUGGCAAGUCCUCUGGAGGAGGAAGAGGAGGAGGAGGAUGAUUCCAGCAGUCGACUGGGCCUGCAAUCUCCAAGCAGUCAGAAGAGUUUGGACUUUGAUUCCGGCUACUCUGAGGCGUCCUGGCAGGAUGACAGGGUAGUUCUCAGGAGGACGAGGAACGUGCGUGUCUCAUCCUCUGCAUGUCUGCGCACAAACAGAGCACCGAGCGGACGUAUACGACCCAAAUCCACAUCUGACGCUUGCUUAGAGAAGUGGACAUCGUUCGAGGCCAGUGACCCAGAGGACUGGACGAACUCCUUAUUGACCAGAGGGCGCAACCGCCAGCCUCUGGUCCUCGGGGACAACAGCUUCGCAGACCUCAUACAGAACUGGAUGGACUUGCCAGAUUGUCCUGAACCAAGUGAGCUGCAGCCAAGCUCAAGACGGCCACUGGGACGAGGCUUCUUUGUCAACAUGAGGCGAAAGCUGACUGGCUUUUCUAAGACUGUGGAGGACAGAGUGCGGAUGAGAUCCACAGACUCAUCUCAUAUAAACAGAGCUGCCAAUGCUCAAAAACGCCUGUCCUGUCCUGUUGGGGCAUUGCAACCUAAAGUCCCCUUUUUCCACCAGUCCCACUCAGGCAUAAACAAGUUGGACACUGACUUCUACCAUUUUGCAGGUCUCAUGAAGUCAGGCAGCCGACAACCAAUAAUAUGCAAAGAUAUUAUCGGCUACAUUUGACACAACUUCAUGUAAAGUUGUUCAUAACCGGACAAUCCUCAGAGGAAUUUUUGUAUGACUGUUUCUCACUUUUUAUAAGUUGUUUCCAUUGAAACAAAUUACUAUUGAAAAAUAAAGAAGUUCUCAUGAAUUUACACUUUGCAUUUGCCUAUUCAUGGUUUUAUAUUUAUUGCAUGCGGCACAGAAAAUUAGUUAUUUGAACACUGUUUUGUUUGGCUUAAGCUUAGCACACCAUCUGAGUUUCAUCACAGCGAGGCAGUGGGGACUGAUCGUAGGAGCUUUUUACUAUCUGAAUGCAGGUUUCAUCUGUUUUCUUUGGAAAUGUAAUACUCUGGCUCAUGUGUGAGUGGGCUUGGAGCUGCAUAGUUUAGUGGAAAUGAA